AUGGUUUUACCUCCAUCCCAGAGACUCUGGGUGGGGAUGCUGGUGGUGAUUGCGGUGAUGAUGGAGUUCCCCAGCGCCCUGCAGAAGUGCAUCUUUGAUGAUGUUCAGGCCCAGGCCAGGGUGGUCCGAGCUGCGCCUGUCCACCCAGACGAGGCUGAGCUCAUAUCCCGGGCUGGGCAACAACUCGGUCAUCCAGGAUGGAGGGCAUCAUCCCUGCCUGGUCUGUCAGAGAGAGAGAGGAGAGGACUGAGCGAGAUGGCCCCGCCCACGCCUGACUCUCUCCAGCCAAUCAGGAUCCGGAGUUGGACUCCAAGGGAGAGCAACAGCCUAUCAGAGGCUGAGAAGGAGAGGCUGCAUGCAGCUGUGGAAGAGGCUGUGAGGAUGGUUUCUUCUUUACUGUCAGUGAAUAGAGUGCGGGGCCCAUUGCUGCUCAGCAGAGACAUCAACAAAUACUGCAAGUUUCUCUGGAAGAAUUCAAGUACCGUCAACUACAACAGGUGCGGUCGUGCCAACAACAACUACAGAUCUGAGACCUGCCUGGAUGUGACGAUCCCAGACGAUCACCUGGCUGGAUGUGAUAUUUACACCGAGGCUGAUUCACCUCGCAGGACCGAGCUCCGUCCUGAAGGUGCUGGAGUCCCUGACACCGACUUCCUGCUGUACCUCCACGUGCAGGCCACUGACAAGUGUAGAGCGGAGCCGAACGUGUUGGCCUACGCUGUCCACUGCCAGACGGAUGCCCGUGGACGCCCUGUGGCCGGGGUGGUGGUCAUCUGCAGGGACAGACUGACAGCAGCCACGUACAGCCACCGCGCUACUCUACAGACUGUGAUCCAUGAGCUGUUUCACACACUUGGUUUCUCUAAACAUCUCUUCCACACCUGGACAGACUGUUCCUCCACUUCUCCAGCGGGAGCUGGCUGUUCUCCUCGAGGCAAAGUGACUCACCAUGAUGGAUCAGGCCAGAUGAGGAUUUACACCCCGUCCGUCAUCUCAGCCCUGCAGAAGCACCUUGCAUCCCCUGACCCUGAGCUAGGAGGGCCUCUGGAGAACCUGGAUGUUCCUCAGGGUAGAGUGUCCUCUCACUGGGAGUCCCGGGUCCUGCAGGGCUCCAUCAUGGCGGCGGUGCUGGGGGACUCGACCACAGUCCGGAUCGACCCAGCCACCCUGGCUGCAUUACAGGAUACAGGCUGGUACGCUGUCAACCUGAGCAGGGCGCAGAGUCUAGUCUGGGGAGAUGGUGAAGGAGCCAUGUUUGGUUCUCUGUCAACCUGUCAGGACAAGUCCUCAUCCUUUUUCUGCACGGGCAGUGGAUUUGGGUGUCAUUAUCUUCACCUCCACAAGGGGGAAUGCCAGACCGACCAAUACCUUGAGGGCUGUCGCUUGUAUAAACCUCUCAUGAAUGGAAGUGAGUGUUGGAAAGAGGAAAACGGCAGGAAGUCAGCUGAAGAAGACUGGAGUGGUGAGAUCUUUGGUUUUGACAGCCGCUGCUUCUUCUCCAGCCUGACAAGUCAGAACCACAGUGAGUUUCUUUGGUUCAACAGCUCAGUGGGGGGACGUUGUUACAGGCACAGAUGUGCAGGACCAAACAGGUACCAGAUCCAGGUGUCCGGCUCUGAAUGGGUGGACUGUCCAGCAGGGGGCACCACUCAGAUAAAAGGAUACCAGGGUUUAGUUUCCUGCCCUGACAGGAGGUUAUGUCUGCACGCUGAUGUUACUCCUCCCUCAGAUGGUGUCAGUACAUUUCCUGCUACUAUCACAAGACCUUCCACAGACGUCACUGUGGCCACAGCUCUCGGCAUCGCUGCUGCUGUGUGUCUCCUGGCUGCAGUCAUCAUGUCUUACAGGAAAUGUUGCCCCUGCAGGGUCAGGAUCCACUCGGCCCCAGACCAUUGCAGUCAGGUGUAGCAGAC